UUUCCUUCCUGGCUUCCCAUCUCUCUCCAUUUAAACCCCUCCGUCUUCCCCUCUCUCUCUACAAAUCCAACACACAUUCUCACUCACCCAUGUCUCUCUCUUCCAAUCCCAUCGCCUUCGCCUUCCGCCCCAUCUCCGCCUCCUCUCGCUCCGCAUAUCUUCAUCUCUUCACACAGCCUUCUUCACUACAAUGCAAUGCCAUCUCCAAACCUCAAUUCAUAGAUGCGAUCCAGAGUGGUUUGCCAGUGAUAAAGUGGCAUGAGAUUGUGGAAGAUGACACAGAAAAAGAUUCUUUAAAGAAGGAGACAUCGGAUGAGAUCGCGGAGCUGGCCGGGGCGGUCCGGUCGAUGCUGCGGUCCAUGGGAGACGGCGAGAUCAGCGUCUCACCGUACGAUACUGCGUGGGUGGCGCUCGUGGCCGCAGCUGACGAGGCGGCACCGCAGUUCCCGUCGAGCCUCGAGUGGAUCUCGAGGAACCAGCUCGGCGACGGGUCUUGGGGGGACGGUCGAAGAUUCUCGAUCUUCGACCGGAUCAUCAACACGCUGGCGUGCGUGGUCGCGUUGAGAUCUUGGGACGUAAAUCCCGACAAAACAGAGAAAGGGAUUUUGUUUAUUAAAAAGAAUAUUAAGAGACUGGAGGAGGAGAACAUGGAGCAUAUGCCGAUAGGUUUCGAGGUGGCGCUACCGUCGCUCAUUGAUAAAGCAAAAGAGCUCGGAAUCGAUAUCCCUAGCGAUACGAGAGGGUUGAGAGAGAUCUAUGCACGAAGAGAGAUAAAGCUCAAAAAGAUACCAAAAGACAUACUACACCAAAUGCCCACAACCUUGCUUCAUAGUCUGGAAGGAAUGGAAGGCUUAAAGUGGGAAAAGCUAUUGCAAUUGCAAAGUGAAGAUGGCUCUUUUCUCUUCUCUCCUUCUUCCACUGCUUUUGCUCUCCAACAAACCAAGGAUCAUAAUUGCCUCAAAUAUUUGACCAACCACCUCAACAAAUUUAAUGGAGGAGUUCCAAAUGUGUACCCUGUGGAUUUGUUCGAGCAUUUAUGGGCAGUAGACAGAUUGCAAAGACUUGGACUUUCACGUUAUUUUCAGACAGAGAUGGACGAAUGUAUCGCAUAUGUUCACAGAUAUUGGACGGAAAAAGGGAUCUGCUGGGCGAGGAACUCGGAAGUUCAGGAUAUCGAUGACACGGCUAUGGCGUUCCGACUGCUGAGGUUGCAUGGAUACGAGGUUCCGGCCGAUGUGUUUGGACAUUUCCGGAGUGGUGGCGAGUUCUUCUGCUUCAAGGGACAGUCGACGCAGGCGGUUACCGGAAUGUUCAAUCUUUACAGAGCGGCUCAGUUGAUUUUCCCGGGAGAGAACAUUCUAGAAGAUGCAGCAGCUUUCUCUUCUAAAUUCUUGCACCAAAAGAGAGCUGAUAAUGAGCUCUUGGAUAAGUGGAUCAUCACCAAAGACCUUCCCGGCGAGGUGGGAUAUGCACUAAAUGUUCCUUGGUAUGCCAGCCUACCUAGAGUUGAAACAAGAUUUUAUCUUGAACAAUAUGGUGGUGAAGAUGAUGUUUGGAUUGGCAAAACUUUAUAUAGGAUGCCAUAUGUGAACAAUAACAUUUAUCUCGAGCUAGCAAAAUUGGACUAUAAUAAUUGCCAGGCGUUACACCAACAAGAAUGGAAAGACCUCCAAAAAUGGUGCCGGAAUUCGAAUUUGGGUGUGUUCGGUUUGAGUGAAGGAAGCCUUAUGCAAGCAUACUACGUUGCUGCUGCGUCAGUUUUUGAGCCAGAAAAGUCACAAGAGCGCCUCGCUUGGGCCAAGACCGCGAUUUUAAUGCAAACUAUCGCGUCACAUUUCCACUCGACCGAGCAAAAGCGUGCCUUCAUCGACGAAUUCGAACGUGAUAGCGUCCUCACGUAUGCAAAUGGAGUAAGGUACAAAACAAGACCAAAUUUGGUGGGGACAUUACUCAGAACCCUAAAUCAACUUUCAUUGGAUAUAUUGUUGGCACAAGGCUGCAACAUUCAUCAACCAUUGAAAAAUGCAUGGCAUAAGUGGAUGAAGACUUGGGAAGGGAGAGGAGGUCGCGACGCCGAGCUAUUGGUGCAAACACUAAACUUAAGUGGCCGGGUGCGGACUGAGUCAGAGGAGUUGCUAUCGUUACACCCGAAAUAUGAUUAUCUGAUGAAGGCCACUGUUAGUGUCUGCGAUAAGCUUUGUCUGUUUCAGCAUCAAAAGGACGGAAAUGGGUGCAUGGCUAGUGCCGGAGGGAUUACAACUUUGGACAUAGAAUCGGCGAUGCAAGAAUUAGUGAAAUUAGUUGUUACAAAAUCCGCAGGUGAUUUGGAUUCACAAAUUAAGCAAAACUUUUUUAUUAUUGCUAGAAGCUUUUAUUAUUCAGCUUAUUGUAACAUAGGAACUAUUAAUUUCCAUAUUUCGAAAGUACUCUUUGAAAGAGUACAAUGAUCAUGUACAUGUAAAUCAAUUAAAUUUGCAACUAUCUUAUAUUUAA